CCCGGGGUCAUGCGCAUGGCCAUGGCGUCCGUCGCCCUCUCGGCUGACAUCGCCGACCAGGACUGUCUUGUCAAGGACGCCACUUCCGUCAUGUGUGCCCCAUGGCCGCAGAGCCCCUCCGUCUUGCCCUCGUCUCCACCAUCCACACCAUCGCAGCCGAGGCGAGUCGGCAGACAGGAGCCCCUCGGCAGCCGCACGAGGAGCCUUUCGUCGACGAAGCACAUUGUCAAGCGAUGGACGAGGUAGAGACAGAGAUGCCGAUAGACCAGCAGGAGGGGGGCGACCAAGAGCAAAGACAAGAACGAGAUCAGGAAGAGGAGGAUGAGGAAGAAGUGGAGGACUUCCUGGAGCAGAUGCUCGAGGGCGACGACCAGCCGGCCCCACCACCAGCCGCGGCACCGGCACCAAACCGGCAGCAGACGUCUGUGCGGCCGCCAGCACCAACAUCGAAGCCCGUCAAGCUAUCGGCGGCCAGCAGGGAGGCCGUCACCAACCGAGCGGCCACCUUCCUUGCCGCAUACACGACCGCCACGAAGCUGCGGGGGUCCCAGGCACCUGAUGUGGUCUCUCUCAACCGGCGCGUCAGCAAAAGGCAACGGACGCACACACCCGCCGAGGCGUUCCACCAGCAGCAGCAGGCCAUACCUGACGACCAUAUUGUGAGUGUCAAUCGUGCGCGUGCGGCCCCUGAGCAGCAGCAGCAGCAGCAGCAGCAAGAGGGAGGGGGCAACCCGAUGGUGGACCAAGUGCAUGGCGCAGAUGAGGAGAUGGCUGGGAGGCGUCAUGCCGAUGGUGGUGGUGGCGGUACCGAGAUGCGGGCGGCAGCAGGGAGUGGUGGUUUCGAUGGUUGGUGUGUGUGUGAGUGGUGUGAAGAGUGCGAGGAUCUGCUGAGCCUGGCGACUUUGCGCAUGUGAUAGAUAAAUAGAUAGAUAGAUAGAUAGAGGAUGGAUGGAUGGAUGGGCCACGAGACAAACACAUGUGGUGGAUGAUGUGUCCAAUCAUCUUGUGUUGAGGAUAUCGAUCGGUGUUGACCAUUGG